AUGAGUGGAAGCGACGAAGAAGAGAUAGAAGUAUCGGAUAUGGAUUUUGAAGAUGAAGAGGAAGAGGAUGAGGAAAUGGAAUGUGAAUUUGAAGAGGUAGCGGACAUUGAUUUUGAAGAUGAGGAUGAAUUAGAGCCCGAAGAAGUUUUGAAAUCUGAGAAAUCUCCAAAACCAAAGCACGAUAUUCGGUUCAAGGAGCCAGAAGAGCCACAAACUAUACAUCCAGAAGAACAGAAAGAACCAGAAAAGGUUUCAUCAUUGGUUACUAAAAAACCGAAACCAGAAAGAUCAUCAGAAAGUAAUUCAAAAACUCCUACCGUUAAAAAGUCAACAAAGCCAGGAACUCAAGAAGAACCAGAAAAAUCCGAUGAUGAGCUUGAACCAGAAUUAGUUUCAACUCCUAUAUCAAAAAAACCCAAUCUCAAGUCGAAAGAUCCGGAAGGCGGAAAACCGAAAAAUAAACCAAAAACAGAACCCAAGAAACCGGACACCAAACCUGAUGAUGAUGAUGACGAGCUUGAACCAGAAUUAGUUUCAACUCCUACAUCAAAAAAACCCAACCUCAAGUUGAAAGAUCCGGAAGGUGCAAAACCGAAAAACAAACCGAAACCAGAACCCAAGGAACCGGACACCAAACCUGAUGAUAAUGAUGAUGAUGAGCUUGAACCAGAAUUAGUUUCAACUCCUA